AUGAAGCUAAUUGAUUCAAGAUCAUGUGAAAGAGGAUUGCUGGAGAUGGUUGAGAAAAGUGGAACUGAAACUGGUUGUCAGCUUCCUUGGGAAACUCGACCACGCCGCUUCAAAUGCGUCUCCGUCCCCUGGCUCGACCUCAUCGCCGACCCCGCCAACCGCAACAAGCUGCCUCAGACCCUUGCCGGCUUCCUCUACACGUCUAUCGGCGGCGGGAAUCGCCACCACUUCGCCAGCGUCUCCGGCAAUGGCGCAGCCCCGUUCGAACCUUCCCUCCCUUACUUGCAGCCUAACAAGGACAAGGGCAUGGUCCAGGUGGACGCCUGCAAUGGCCUCCUUCUCUACCCAUCGAUCAUGGUGAACCCUUGGGCUUGGGCAGAGGAUGAUUGCCGUUUUGCGGUGUGCAAUCCGGCCACUGGGAGGUGGGUGGACCUGCCCCCUCAACCGCAGGCACCCGCGGGCAGAUAUAGAUACAACUGUAUGGCAGGUCUGGCUUUUGAUCCGGCAGUCUCAUCCCAUUUCCACGUUUUUUGUUUUGAGAAGACCUCUGUGGAAACGUACAAGACAGGAGUGAACAUCUACUCGUCGCAAACAGGAGCCUGGAGUCGCAGAGAUGGUGGGAUUGCUGAGAAAGUGGUGCUGUUCUUCUAUAGCAAGGCUGUCUUUCUCAACGGUAUGAUGUACGUGAUUGGCAACCCGAACGGCAUCAGCAACGAGUAUGCACUCCUGGGGAUGGACAUGGAGGGCAAAGUGCGGAAGACUAUCCCUAUGCCAUACGGUCGAAGAUUUGGUGCGAUUGGAUCGUCGCAGGGGUGCUUACUCUAUGCUGUAGCUUCCGUCGAUGAUAACAAUAAAACACUAGAUUCUGAGACAGAACUCUGGUGCCUCAAGGAUUGUGACAGUGAAGAAUUCGUUCUGAAGCACACUGCCAGCAUCGAUGAGCUUAUCAGCAUGACUGGGGAGAAGUACAGGGUGGUUGGGAUUCAUCCAGAUUGCGACACCAUUUACCUGGUUUCACGUGGAGGUGAUACCAUGGUACCGUAUGAUAUGCAACAUCAGAAAGUUGGCUGUAUCCUUAAUCUCGAGAAGAAUACACAACGAUUUCUACCUUAUGUUCCUCUGUUCUCGGAGUCAUUAGCAGAUGGAGAUGGGCAGUAGUUUUUUACCUUCAAACCACCCUUGUGCAAGAAUUGGCUAUUUUGUCGGCUGAAGUACUUGUUUGUGUACCUCUGAAUCUGCCGGUAUCAUGCCGCUGAAUUUUGCUGGUGCUUACACUCCUGCUUGGUUGAUUUCCAGUUCAGAGCAAUUGUUACCCUUUUUCUUGUUUACCUAGCACUGGUCGUUCUGGACAUGUAUUAUUUCGGUGUGGCUAAAUUAUACUGUAAUCGGUCAUCCUUUCCAUAACAGUCAGUUAUUAUGAUUAUCCUAAAUCCUAGUGCAGAUUGUGAACCUAUUAGUGUACUCAAAUGUUCAGACCGUUUACUGGUGUGAUGUUUAGUUGAACUUAUUCAUUCAGUACUUUGGUAAAACACUGCCUUUUAGGAAGUAUUUUUUUUUUUUGCAUAUUUUCUGUAGCUAGUAAAUUCAAUAUAGCUUUGGAUCUGUUAUUCACAGAGAAAUUGCAUCAAUGUCGAUUAAGUAAAUUUGGAGUAUGUACUCUUGUACAAAUAGCAGCGUGCAUGUGAAUGACCAGAGUUUUUACUGACAAUGAUAACAACAAUUUUAUAGAGAUGCAGCUUCAUGGGCACACACAAUAUUUUUCUGUCAACACAACUGAAUGAACCCAGCAAAAAAGGCCUCUUGCUGUGGUUGAUUCAUGUCCGCUGUGUUCAUUUUUUUGGCCGAGUUGCUACCCUGUUUGAGUCGGCUCAACCGGCGUUGUUUCUGUAUGUGUUUGUGAUGUGAUGAUACCUGAUUUUUGAAUUGUUAUUUUUGAGACUAUGGAAUGGGAAUAGACAAUAUGAACUGAAAACAGUCGAGAUGA